UAUGUAGAUACAUUUUUGAACGCAAGUUCAAAUGUCAAGUUGAACAGCUGUCAAGUUAAGUCAUUCAUCCCGUGCUGUCAAUUUUUUUCAAUAGGAUUUCAUAAAAAUAUAAUGAAAACAUAGAUAAAUUUAAACCAUUACACGCCAAAAGUAUGGCUCAAUUGCGCAAUUAGCAAAUAAGCUAGAGUGUAAAAGCGCGAUGUUAAAAACAGCUUAUAGGACUCGAAGUGUAUGUUAUUGAAUUUGUGCCAGGGAUUUUGGGAUAGAAAGUGACCUGAGAGUAGGAGUGCAGUGCAAAGGGGGUAGGAGCGAUCAUGCACGAUGUUGGAGGGGCUGGUGGCUUGGGUCUUGAACAAUUACUUGGGGAAGUAUGUGGAGAAUCUCAAUACAGACCAGCUCAGUGUGGCGCUGCUCUCAGGGAAGGUAGAACUCGAGAACCUCCCCCUAAAGAAGGAUGCUCUCCGCCACCUGGGGCUGCCAGUGGAAGUCCGAGCUGGCUUCAUCGGCAAGGUGCAACUGCAGGUUCCUGUGCGACAGAUCCGCUCUGCACCAUGGCUGAUUGCUAUCGAAAAGCUGUACCUUGUUGCCGCGCCUGUCAAUUUGGAUGAGUGGGACAGCGCAACCGAAGCGCAUUAUGCGCACGAGCGCAAGGUGGCGCUUCUGGACGCGCUGGAAGCGCAAUGGCGCGCGGCGCAAGAGGCCAUGGCGGCAGACGCGUCAUACUACGCGGCGUCUUAUUCCUCCUGGCUUAGUUACGGCACUGGGUUCCUGGCCAAUAUCGUGGAGAACUUGCAGUUGAAGCUCCACGAUGUCCACAUCCGCUACGAGGACGCCGUCACCUGUUCCCCCCACGCCUUCGCCUGCGGCCUCACCGCCGCCGCCCUCUCCGCUGAGUCCUGCGACGCGGGCUGGAAGCGCGGCUUCACAUUACUACCGGCUACAGGAGACGGUUGUUCGUUCAAGUUGCUGGAGCUGCAGCGGUUGGCGGUGUACUGGGACGUCAUGCCGCCCAACGAGAUGAUGGCGGACUGCUCCAUGAGCGAGCUCACGGAACGCAUGUCACAAACCUGGCUCGGCAACCAUCAAUGGCUGCUGGCGCCGGCGACGGCGACGGCGCGCGUGCGCCGCGAGCGGACCGAGCAGCCGCUGCGCUCGCGCACCCGGCCCAGGCUCACCGCGCACCUCACGCUCGACACCGUGCUGCUCAACCUGACACAGAGGCAGUAUAGCGAAGCGGUGGGCUGCUCCCUAGGCCUGGAACGCGUAGCGCGCCUGCGUGAGUUCCGCUCCCUCCGCCCCGCCGUCCCCGUACGGCAGGGGGCGCGCCUCUGGUGGCUGUACGCGCUGAGGUGCCACUACCCCGAGCACACCUGGAUGGAGCCAGCGCCGACGUGGGGAUCCUGUUUAGCGCAAGCGCGAGCAGCGCGGCAAUACGUGGAAAUCUGUCUCAGUUUGCUAUCCAACCCCGCUGCAACACUACCGGCAGAUAAAAAGGCGGCGAAGGAUGAGUUCGAGUGGAAGACCCCUCUGCAUUUACUCAAGCCGCUGAGAGAGAUUGCAAUGCGAAGAGUCCCCCGCGCAACGCCAGUGUCCACCCCCGAGCAGCCCGGCGCCCCCGGCCGCUCCAUGCUCGUGCAGUGGUUCCCGCAGUGGUGGGGCUGGUACGGCGCCCCGGCGUCCGCGCCCGGCGCCCCGGAGCCCGCGCCGCCGCCCGGCGCCCCGCCCGGCGCCCCGCCUGGUGCCCAGACCCCCGCCCCGCCAGAUUUAGAGGAGGAAAUAUUGGAUGUGAUCGCUGACUCGCUGGAGAAUAAUACUAUGUUGAAGAGGGAUACCGUCUUUGGCAAGUUUGAGUUCGUGCUGAAUAAGGGGUGCUUGAAUUUGUGUAUGGAAGCCGAGGCGGAAAACAAGGAGCCAUCAUCACCCGGUUCAGAAGCGGCCGUGGGGCUUGAGCUCCAAUUCAGCGCCGUUGCCGUCGGUUUAGAAUCCCGCGUACGCGCCGGCUCUCACGCGCUCCACGUAUCUCUAGGCGGAGUGUCACUACGAGAACGCAUCACACCAGGAUCUUUGUUCCCCGUGCUGGUCGCGCCGGCACCGCUUGGCACAAGAAGUAGUGUCGGCAGACAGACGGAACAGGAGCCGCUCUUCCAACUGCUGUAUGAAAAGAGGCCGUUUGGAUUAAAUGCGGAUUACAAGUUGUGGGUGAAGUCGGCGCCGCUGGAGGUGGUGUACUGCGCGGCGGCGGCGCGCUGGGCGCAGCAGUUCGCGGCCGAGCCGUGGGGCGGCGCGCGCCCCUACGUGGCCGUGCGCGACCACACGCGCGCCAAGCUCAUCACGCAGUGGGAGCACAUGCUGCACCCCGGUGUGGGCGAGCGAAGAUCCUGGCAGGUGGAAUUAGAUAUCUCAGCCCCUCAGAUAUUAUUCGUCGAAUCACUGACUGAUCGAGAUUCGUCGGUGCUUGUAUUGGAUUUCGGUCGGCUUCGGCUGGCGAACGCAGACGCGAUCGACCAUGUGCCGGAUAGCGGUAGUGUGGAUGACGAGGAAAUGUUCAUGACCCCAUGUUCAACGCCGCCGGGCAGCCUGCUGUCGCCCGGGUCGCCGCCCGACCCUCCGGCGGUGACACCCGCACAGCCUGGAUUACUCGCCAUGCGUCUACACAAUCGAUUGUACGAUAGAUACACGAUAGAGUUCAGCGACCUCCAGAUCUUGGUGGGGCGCGCGCGGGACAACUGGAAAUACGCGCACACGAAAACCACGUCGUCGCUGCAUCUGCUGGACAGGUUUAGCAUAUCGCUUCAAGCAGAGCGGCGUGUGGUCCACACAACGGACCCUCAAUACCCGACAGCCACCCUUUGUGGCACCCUGCCCGCAUUGGUGGUGCAUCUCAGUGAACAGAAGGUGUUUGCUGUGAGAUCCGUCAUCGCGAGCUCACCACUGUUUGCCACUGAUGCGUCCCGCACUGAUAGAGCCGAAGGCGCAGGCACCGAUGAACCCGACGGUGUAUCCGAGAGCAGCGAGAGUUCCGACACGGAACCUUCGUCGCACUCCUCGCACAAACAUGCUACGCUCUUCAUGGUGCAGUUUGCCAUCGACCAGAUGUCGCUCGAGGUGCAAUCGCGCGGCCGCAGCAUCGCCGAAGUCCAAGUAUGCGGAGUCAAAGCAACAGCCACGGCGCGACCUUCAGAGCUGGCGCUGGCGCUAUCCGUACAUUCGCUGCUGCUGGUGGACGCGCUGCAGACUUACGGGCCAGACUUCGAGCUGCUGGUCGCCAGCCACAAGCACGUGGGGAUGGACACGGCAUCCGGCAGCAUCCGCGGCUCAGAGCCCACGUCGCCCACAUCACCAUCGUCGCCUGACGCGCGAGCGCCGCCGCCUCAUGCGCUGCAGGCCGCGCUUUAUUCACUUACCGGCAGGAAUCCCCCGGAAGCAGACCGCACCAGUCCCGGCCCGACCUGGCCACCCAACACCAGCUGGAACACAAGCUACAACACCGCCUGGGGUUCCACCAGCAACUGGAACUCCAGCAACUUGCAACCUUGGAACAAUACUGGAACAACUAACUGGAGCGGCAACUGGGGCGGUGCGGUGGACUCCGAGGCGCUGAUAGCGGUGGAGCUGACGCUGGUGAAGGGAGAGAAUGGCUCCGAGGACUUGAGGAUAGCGAAUAUAUUGUUCAACAAUUUGGAUAUCAUUGCGAACCAGGAAACUAUAGUGGAGUUGAUCGGCUUCACACAGCGGGUGUUUGGCAGCAGUGGGGCGAAAAAAGCUGAGCCAGCGGAGCCUCCCAAGCCUACGCCCUCCACUGAAGAUGAAGUCAAGGAGGUGCGAACAGAAAUCACCUUCGACUUCCACCGUCUGGGCGUGCUGCUGCUGCGGGCAGCGGUACAUGAUGGGGCCGUGGUCGCCAAGAAGAUCGCUACUGCCACCGUCAGCGAGGCGCGCAUACAGGCCACCGUCGACGCGUCCCGCGUGGAAGUAGACGGGUCCCUCGGCGGCGUGCAGGUGGUGUCCCUGUGCGAGGGCGCGGGGCUGCACGCGCGCGUGCUGAGCGCCGGCCGCGCGCCCCAGCCCCAGCCCGAGCCCAACGCGCAGCCCGACCAGCGCGCGCUGCUCUUCACCAUCACCCGGCGGGUCACGGCAGACGGUGUGGAAGCCUCAGUGGCUCUACAUGUCGCCAGCGUGUGGGUGACGCACUCCAGUGCCUUACUACGAGAGCUCCGCUCCUGCCUCACGGAGUUCAAGCAAUACCUUGCUAAUCUAGCUCGCUCGAUCCGCGCCGCUGCCCACGACAUGGCCGUAGGACUCGUGGCCAGGGGUGACACGCUUUAUACAAACCCGAAGAUUUCAACAUCAAUGGAAGGUGUAUCGCCGCGGCGUCGCACCACGAGUUUAGGUUACUCUAUUGACGAGCCCGCCGAGGAAAUCAAUCUCACAGUAAACAUCGAACUGGAAUCCCCAGUGGUGGUGGUGCCCCGUUCAGCGUUGUCGCCGCAAGUGUUCGUGGCCCACCUCGGCCGCAUGAGCCUCGCCAACCGGCCGCGCGGGCACCGAGCCGCCUACCGCGUGCGCGUCACCGACAUCUCGCUCGCGUCCGUGGACGUGAGCUCCAAACUAAAGCAGACAACACUGAGCGCUGAAAGCAUGCCGUCCAUCUACGACGCCAGUGGCGGCAAGCCUGUGUUACACAACACCGCGCUACAGCUAGCCGUGCAUUAUGGGCAUCUCGAGCCGUACGCUGAGCCACAGUGCGAAGUGACCGGUCAUGUGGUGGGCGGCCUCCACGUCUCGGCGCGUCGCGAACAAUACGAGCAGCUGUUGGACACUAUAAGAUAUCUCAGCGCCGCUGACGAGCAGGCACCCGCGCCUAUGCCGACCCAACAGUACCAUCAGGAGUCGAUGUCGGUGCGCGAGAUGGAGCCGGCGGUGCCGACGCUGCGGCUGGACCCCGCGCUGCGCGCCGCCGUGCUCGCCGUGCCGCCGCCGCGCACCGCGCCGCCGCCAAGCCACUCAAGCGCGCAGCACGUGCCGCUCUCAGUGCAUUUCGAGCUGUCAUCAUUCACUGUGGAGCUGCGUGCCGAUCUCGGCCGCGGCGAGCGCAGUUUAGUACAACUGGCGUUCCGAGAGUUCGCUGUGCGCCUGCGACGACCACGCCCGCACGAAUCUGACCUACACGUAUCCCUCCACUCCGUAACAAUGGAGGACUUGACACAAGAUCCGGAAUCCAAGCACCGCAUGCUGCUCGUGUCGCACGCGCCGCACGUGCCCGCCAAGGCCGUGUUCGUGUCCAAGUCGUGUCCGGACUUCGGCCGCGCGCCGCCCGCCGCGCGCACCAUGUCGCUGCCGAGCGGCCUGAAUGUAGACAGAGAGUAUCACCGCACCAAACGUGACAGUAAAUGCGGCCCGACCCCGCCCUGCUCGCCAGAGCUCGGUGUCACAGUUGAGACGGAGACAGCGGACGCUGAAGCGGAGGCGGACGCGGAAGAGGGUGCGGGCGACGGGCUUGUCAACGUGACCGUGCGGAUACGAGACCCGCAGCAUCAGAACUUUCACGAUCUGUAUAAUCGGGUAUCUCGUCAUACUCGAGUCCGCUUCAACUGCCUAAAGCUAGUAGUGAGCAUCGACAGCUGGGUGGCGGUGUUGGACUUCUUUGGAGUGGCCGGGGAAGACGCGGACGAAUUAUCGGAGCCUCAGCCUAGUGCAGAAACCAGCGUAUCCUCAUCCGAACAAUCACCCGAAGAAGGCUCAACGCAAACCGAAAUGUCCAUCCGCUCUUUAAGCGUGGUCCUAGUGGGCGCGCGUGGGGAAGUGUGCUCGGCGCGCGCUGUCCGGCUGCGCGCCGACGCGCAGGCGCACGCCGCCGCGCACACGCGGUCCUUACGCGUCGCUGUGGGCGGGUUGCACUUGGCGGACCUGACGCCGCGCGCGCCGCUGUGGAGGGAUAGGCUGAGGACGCAUGGAGAUAAAGCCCUCGAAAUACUGUAUACGAGACUCAGCGCCACAGAAGCGGCGGAAGCCGGCUACGAAACGUCCCUCACCGUAGCCCUCGGUCCAGCCACAUACGUUCACACAAAACGCUUCAUACACGAGCUGUAUGCGUUCGCGCACGACUUCAGACAGCUGCGGCGCGUCAUCGUGCAAGCGAGGCAGAAGGUCUCAGUAUCAGUGGGCGUGUCACCAACAAGCCGUCAGCGUCUAUCCGUCCGCUGCCUGUCCCCCGUCAUCGUUCUACCCGUGUCCGGCCGAAGCCGCGGCGCACUCCGCGCCGAACUGACAGAACUCACCAUAGACAACUGCUUUAGGAAGGCGGGGGAUGCUGACACUGUCAGCACGAGGACAGACCCUGACGCUGGUUACUACGAGCUACUGGACGUGCGCACAAUCCGGCUGGAGCAGCUGAGCGUGUGGUGCGCGCGCGGCGGGCGCGGCCUGCGCGUGCGCCGCGCCGGCGCGCCGCUGCUGCCCGCGCCCGCGCGCCUGCUGCUGCACGUGGAGCGCAACCUCGGCGACACGCACAACGUUCCGGACAUGACGGUGCAAGGCACACUAGCAACGUUACAAUGCGCACUGGACCCUGCGCAAUACAGAUUAGUGCGUGGCGUGCUAGCACAUAACCUGGGCGAAUGCGUAGCUGAUCUACCACCACACGUUCCACUCGCAGCCACGACGGCGCCACACCAUGAACAGGUGUGGACAACGUCAUCCAUCAAACUGGACCUCCUUGAUGUUACUGUGGAACUGGAGCCAGAACAUGGCGUCUCCUCGCUGGCUUGCAUCAACUUCAUCAAGUCCCGGCUGCUGCUCGAGACGUACUCCGACCUGAGCCAGGAUAUCGACCUGGUUUCUCAGGAGAUUCUCGUGAGCGAUACGCGCUACGUGAACGAGCCGGCCAACAGGCGAGGGAACGUGUUCACGCACAUCGUGCAGCCUAUGGCGGACCAUCGGCACAGCGUGCAGGCAGAAGUUCACGCGAGAAAACGCGGCGAUUCUUCAGCGUACACGAUCUUAGUAAACAACAUGCGACUGAUGGCCAUCCUCGAUUGGUGGGAAGCGGCGAACCAGUUCAUCAUGCAACUACCUUUGCCGCCCUGCGACCCUGACCAGCAGCAUUUGGAAGAGGCCCUGUCCGCCUCGCUAGGACAGAUGGGAGCAGUUUCAGCCGGCACGGGCCACGACGGACAAGUGGAGCUCAAGCUGAACGUCACCGACUCGCAGCUCGUACUGGUUGAGGACGCCUCCAUAUGGGACACCAACGCUGUGAUACUCAAGAGUACGACAGUGAUCACAUACCGCGUCGCAGACGCGGCGAAACCAGUAUCUUGCGAGCUCAACGAACUAGAAGUGUUCUCGUGUGUGCUGGGGCUGGAGGAAGAGACCGCGCUCGCCAUCGUCGACCCCGCCGCGGUCACGGUCGCGCUGCACAAGGACCGCUCGCUACACAUAUCAACGGGCACGUUGAACCUGCGAUUGUCGUACCACGACAUGCGCAUGUUCGCGUCGAUGAUACAGUCGCUACCGGCGCAAGUCCGCGCUGCUCUCUCAGGCAAAACAGAAGAGGAAACAGUAGAUGCAGACGCACCAGCGAACAGUUUACACAUGCGGGCCGGAGCGCGCCUGCUGCCCCCGCGCUGGCUGCCGCUGCGCGCGCCGCCGCCGCAACCUUCCGCAGUGUGGCCUCUGCGGGCCGUGCAGGUGACCGCCGAGUGCGUGACGCUCUGUGUGAUCGACGACUGUCUGGACUCGGACGUGCCGUUACUGGAGAUCUCUUUAGCUGACCUGAACGUGGAACAAGAUCUGCGUAAGAUUGAAGAGUCAUUUUCGGACCCCGUGCUGGUGUCUACUCCGUGCGCGAGCUCCGGGGCCACGGGCUCUAACGGCGCGGGCGCCGGGCGGCUGGGCGGCGCGCUCAGCGUGCACUACUAUAACCGCAUGCUGUCCGGUUGGGAGCCCGCCAUCGAGCCCUGGAGAUUCGAGACAUCAUGGGAGUACACAUUAACAAGUGGACUCGCGCUGGGCCGGCUGGCGGUGUCCGUGCGUUCGACGGAAGUGCUCAACACAAACAUCACGUCGUCGCUGGUGGAGCUGACGCAGCUGGUGCGCGCCAACUGGACCGCCGAUUACUACACGCAGCCGGUAUCCCUGGAUGCAUCGCCGAAAGGCAGCCCGGCAGGGCAUCGGCGGCGAUCACCGUUCGUGCCCUACGCUCUACGGAACCAUACUGGGCAUAAGCUAUGGUUUACUACGCUACUAACUACCUGUGACGUGCUGACGGAGACGACGGGGUGGAGCGGGCCCGACGACUCCUGGGUGGGUGUGCGCGGCGGCGACACGGAGCCGUUCUCGUUCGGCGCGCGGCGCGGGCGAGGCGCGCGCGCCGGGCCCGCCGUGCUGCACCAGCUGGCGCUGCGCCUGGACGCCUGGGGGCCGCCCGACCCCGUGUGCGUCGACCGAGUCGGGGUGUUCUUCCGGACGCUCACUCAUGCGAAAACGGGCGCAGAAGCCCGGCUUGUGCUGGAAGUGUCGCUGGAAGGCUCGGCGCGCAAGCUGGUGACGGUGCGCUCGGCGCUCACGCUGCUCAACCGACUGACUGUACCAGUCGAUGUGCGGCUGGAACCCGCUCCAGGUCAAUGGUCAGGCGGCAGCGGGCGCUGGACGACCGUCCCCGCCGGCGGUCUGUGGGCCGCCCCGCUGGCGCCGCUGCCCGGGGGCGUGGCUGUGCGCCCCGCGCUGCGCGGGGCGUGUCCCCCCGCGCCGGCGCACGUGGCCUGGCGCGUGCACGAGCGGUCGCUCCUGCACUUGGAGUGCCGCGCGCCGCCGCUUGACGUUUACAGAUUCUGCUGCGUAGUAGUCCGAGAACGUUUCCCCCCGACCCGCGACCUGAACGCGGCCGGACACGCCCUAACCCUCGUGCCAGCUCUCCGACUAGAGAACCUGCUGCCACUGGAGCUGCAGUUCAGAUGUUCAGGGUUAGACGUGCAGAACGUGGGCGGGGCGUUGGCGCCCGCCGUCACACGGCCCUUCCACGAGGUAAACGUUGAAGAAGGCGUAGAGCUGAGCGUGAAGAUAGAAGGCUUCGGUUGGUCUUCGACCCUGUCCGUGGGCGGCGCGGGAGCAAACUCCUUUACAGCCCGCCUGAAGCUUAAAGACUCCUGGGGAAGACGGUUAUACCUCAAUGCAAGAGUCGCUGUCAAACCUACGGAUGGAAUCAAGAUUUCGAUCAGCGCAGCAUACUGGCUGGUGAACCGGACUGGGCUUCCCCUGGUGUUCCGCGCGGAGGGCGCGACGGCGCCGGCGGCGGGGCAGGGAGACGAGCACGAGGUCGCGCGCAUGGUGGCGCCGCUGCUGUUCGCGUUCGCGGAGGCGGACGGCGGCCCGACCGUCACCGCUCGGCUCGGCACCGGCGUGGCGCUCAACCAGGAGUGGUGUUCCCCAUUCGGGCUGGGCCCCGGCACGGCGGUGAAGAAGCUCACGGCCGGCGACAAAGUGUACGCCGUCGGCGUAUCCGUCCGCGCCGGCCGCGGCCGCUACAGACACACGAACAUAGCCACACUCACACCAAGAUACCAGCUGCAUAAUAACACGCCCUACCAUCUGCAGUUCGCGCAGAAGUGUACCGCGACUACGUUGAACGACCCGGGCGCGCUGGCGACGCACGUGUCGGCGGUGGCGGGCUGCUACCUGCCGUGGCACUGGGCGCGCUGGGAGCGCGCGCAGCUGCUGUGCGUGCGCGUGCUGGCCGGCGGCGGCGGCGGCGGCGGCGGCGGCGGCGGCGCAGCGCCGCGCACCGCCUGGUCUGGCGGCCUGCGUGUCGACUCCCAGCGCGCCGUGCACAUCGCCUGCAGAGAAAACACCGGUGGUGGUGGCUACGUGUUCCUACGAGUAGAGGUAGUAGCACAGGGCGCUACUCUAUUCGUGGUACUGACGCACGCCGACAGCGCGCCGCCGCCUCUACGUGUCGACAACCACUCGCCCGUCGCCAUCAUGUUCCACCAGGUGGGAUGCGGCGAAGAAUGCGUGGUGGGCGCUCACGGCUCCGUCCAAUGGGCUUUACCAGAGCCCGAGGGACAAUCCGCCUUAGCGCUCCGAGCGCCGGGCGGCCCGCGGGCAACCUUGCCCCUUGACGCACUUGGCACGAAUGUCAUCCUGGCGUAUCAGAACUUUAUAUACGUAGCUUUCGAUAAAAGUGGCUCGUCGAAUGAUGAUUCUAUUCUAGUCUUGGAAGUGCCGUUGAACUCUACGCGAGUGAUUCUUGCACGAAAACGAUAUGGUGACAGAGGCCAAUUGUGGCGGCGCGGUCCCAACGACCAGCUGAUCCACGAAGGCAGCUCGCCACCGCAACCUACAGAUGCGUUGCUUACGGAUGAACCCACCUUAUCGCCACACGCAAUGGUGCUGGACAUAGAGGGCCCGGCGCCACGCCCGGGUCGCGCCGCACCGCUAGUACUGCGCCGAGCCGACCCGCGUCGCGCCUCCACGCAGGCGUGGCGGCUGGUCGGCGGCCGUAUGGCGUGCGCACACGCCAACCUGUGCGUGCAGCCUGACGGCGGCCUUAUGGCGCUCACACAGGGGAGCAGAGUGGUGUUAGGUCUACCGGACUCCUCCCGCGGACGAGUACCGUUACCACCGGAACAAGCAGUGGCGUGGCACACCCUGCGGCCCGGCUCGGGCCGGCUGUCCGUGGCGCUCUCGUGCGCCGGCCCCACGCGCAUCGUCAGCAUCAGGGACCCGCAGGACCCGGAAUCCGGUUGGAUCGAGGGCGUCGAGACGGACUCUGAAGCUGACGAGCCGCCGCGCCGCGAAUGGGAAGUGCAAGUCGCGCUGGCCGGUCUGUCGGUGUCCCUGAUAGCGCGAUCACCGGCUCAAGAGCUCGUGCACGCUUUACUGAGUGGCGUGCUGUUGCGGGUCGCCGCCGCGCGCGCCGCCGUGUUCGCGCUCUCCGUGCAGGACAUGCAGUGGGACAACCAGCUGCUGGGCACGCCGAGCCCCGUCCUGCUGUACUGCCUGCCCGGCACGCCCGGCACGCCCGGCUCGCCCGGCUCGCCCGGCUCGCCCGGCACGCCGGCGCUGCACGCGGCCGCCGAGCUCAUGCAGGCGCCGGCGCGCCGGUACAACGCGCUCUUCUUCAAGCACCUAGUUGUCGCUUUGCGGCCGCUCGCCAUCCGACUAGAGGAGAGACUGAUCCUGAAGCUAUGGUGGUGGGCGGCGCCACCGGACGACGAGGCGCGCGAGGAGAUUGAUGAGGCCGACUACGAAACUCGACGCAUGCUGGACGAAGUUACCGCGCUGCACGCCAGGCGGUACUACUUCGCGCUCAUCAAGAUCAUACCGAGCCAGAUCCGCCUAUCAAUGACAACGGCGAGCAAGCUGGAGCGCGAGCUCGGCGCACUCAAACGUCGGCUCGGACUCACGAUGAUCAAGUUCGAGGAUGCGUGCGUGGAGCUCGAGCCGUUUGCGCGCGCGCAUGUGUUCGAGCCGGCGCCGUAUCUGGCACGGCAGAUGCUCAAGCAUUUUAAAGAUGAACUAAAAUGGCAAGCAGCAAAGAUCCUCGGCUCCGUGGAUUUCCUGGGCAACCCACUGGGCUUCGUGGCCGAUGUCUCGGAGGGCGUAUCUGGACUUAUAUACGAGGGCAACGUCGGGGCUUUACUCAAGAAUGUGACCCACGGCAUCUCUAACUCGGCUGCGAAAGUCACUGAAUCCUUGGGUGACGGUCUAGAACGAGUAGUAGGCGAUGAAGCACACGAAGAGACGCGCCGCCGCAUCCGAAGUUCUGCCGCUGGUGCUCAUCUCUCUGCGGGUCUGCGCGGACUCGGACUCGGGAUACUCGGUGGCAUGACAUCUCUCGUGAAGCACAGCUACGAAGGCGCCGCAGCUGAAGGCCUGCCGGGCCUGCUGGCCGGCGUGGGCAAGGGGCUCGUGGGCACCGUCACCAAGCCCGUCAUCGGCGUGCUGGACCUCGCCGCCGAGACCGCCUCCGCGCUCCGGGACUCCGCGCGCCGCGCCGACAAGUGGGUGCCAGGUCGAGCGCGCGAGCCGCGCUGCGCGGCCGGCCCGGGCGGUCUACUCCCUCGCUACGACGCGUCACAAGCGGCCGGCGCGGCGCUCCUACACCGACUGACGACAGACCCGGCCGAGGGUUUCCUCGCUUAUCGUGUCGUCCGCGACACGCCGCAUGAUAUACGAGCGUUACUGUCGACCACGCAUCUACGGAUAUUCACGUGCAAGCACGCGCAGCCGCAGAUCGUCAUGGAGACGCACCUCAGCAACCUGGUAUCCUGCGCGGCGGUAACCAUCGGCGGCGCGCACUUCGUGGAGCUCGGCGUGCGCGGCGGCGGCGGCGAGGCGCUGCGCCGCCCGCGCGUGCAGUGCGACUCGGCGGCGCUGGCCGCGUGGCUCGCCAGGCACGCCGCCUACGCGCGGAGGCUGCACACGGAGGCCAAGCACACGCUGCCGCCUGACCAACCCUUACUAACCUAAGACAACGUCGACAUAAUGAUAUUAAACGACUUUAAUGUUUUAUGGCCAAAAUAACGGACUGACACCAUAAAAGUUAGUAUUUACGUGAAAUAAAACGUAGAAUUCUCCUUUCAAUAAGAGACGUCGUUACGAUAGAAAUUACAUUACUGUUUUUUAAAUUACUUACGUGCGCGAAAUAUUGACUGACAUCAUAGUUAGGUACCUACUACUAGCUAAACUUGAUAAGCCUUAGACACAACCUAAAUAUAUGAAACACGAAUACAUGAUGCCCUACGCUGACACUUGCUCCUUUUAUUUCACGUAAUCUGAACGUGUCAAGUGUAACAUUUUGAUACUUGUUUUUGAGAGAAAUAUAAAAAAAUGAAAUGACUACUUUGAAAGAUAGAUUUGAUUUUAAUAUAUAAACGACAUUAAUGUUUCAUUAAAUACAUUACCUACACGCUCGAAAAAUAACUGACACCAUUUUACGUAUUAUCUCACUUAUCCGUAUUGACCUUAAAUCCCUUUAUAAGCGACUUGGCGAAAACUGUAAGGUUAUUUUGUAUCAAGACAAAACGUCAGUAUUGACGCUACUGCCAUCACAACUCACAUCUAUACAACGAGACAUCACAGACCUAUUAGAUUAUAAACUAGGCUAAAAUCAAUCUUAAUCAUAUUUAGACAUAAAGGCUAAAACCCUGUGGCACACGGAAAGCAUGAAAGCGAACUGCCGAUCCAAUGUAUGCCGAUGUGGGAACGUCGUUCAAUAUCGAUUAAGCCGUGUGCUGCAGUGGGCUUAAAACGUAGAACCCAGUAUGUAUUUUAGGAUGAGGGAUUGUAUUUUUUAUGAGAUGCAGCCACAAAUGCUGAAAAGUGCACGAGUGCGUCGUAAUGUAAAAAUCCGCGGUAUAUUCGUGCGUUGCAGUAUGACGUAUUUGUGAGGAUCCUUACAUUACAACGCAAAAUUACUCGGUGUGCAGCGAUAUUUAAUGCGAAUUGCAAAUAAUGCAUUUCCCCUGAAGAAUACAGAAAGAAUAAUGAAUAAUACAGUUCAUCAAAUGUAUUCAUAUCAAUCAUUUAUGUAAAUAAAUUAGACGGGUAUGUUUAAAUAUAGAUAAAUUAAUACUAUAACGCGUAAAGUAUAAAACUGAAACAACUGACAGCUGUAGUAGAUGGCGCCCUGGUUGUAAUUGGUUUGUCAAACGUGUGUUUUAGUAUUUUUUGUCUAUUUUUAAAAUUAGAGUGGACCUAGUGCCUACCUUUAUGUAAAUUGUUAAUAUAUAACAUUUGUAAAAAGUCUCGAUGCAAUAUACUUUAGUGCCUAUAGGGAACUAGAUUAUAGAACUUUGUAUUAUAUUUGUAUUUACUGAUAUAUCGAUGUGAUAGGAUAGCUGAUUAUUGAACAAUGUCGUGACAUGUUGAGAAGUAGGGUAAAAUCAUGCCAGACCCCUUAACCUCGUAAGCUCCACCGUACAGUUUCCCAAUUUUUAAUUAGAACCUUGUUGUACAGUAGAUUAGGGUGACUUUCGUUUGUUUUAGUGUUUAGAACAAUAAAACAAAAGAAAUGCAACUUUAUGUAGUUUUGGAAAGGUUCAAAUUCGAUUGAAACAGAAUGUACAUUGUAAUGCACAUUGGGCCUUACGAGGUUAAGGUACCUACAGCCACUGGUUUUUGUAGGAAAGACUCCAAUUUAGAUUUUUAAAAAAGAAUACAGAGUUUACGACAUUAGUGACUUUAAGUUUUGAUUUUCAAUUUCGUAUCGAAAUGCAUUUUGGACGUUUUGUUUCAGAUUCGACUCGAGACAAUGUCAGGAGGUGACGUUAUACGUAUGGUUAACAUGUGGAUAUAGUUUUGGUAUCACAAAUGACCAAACGACAUGUCCUUUUGCAAAGCUUGACGUUUCGGCAUUGACAUAGCUACUUAUAAUAAAACUAGCUAUAUGGUAGCGACAUCUCAUGUCACUUUUUCGAGUCAAAUAGGGACCCUGUUGAUAUGUUUAGUACGAAGUGGUAUAUGUAUUACAAAAUGUAGAUAUUUCAGUUACAACUGUACAGCUUUUCACGAAAACAAUGCGUGAUUUCAUUGUAUAAAACUGUGUAUGUCGUGUUGUGAAAUGCUAGUGUUAAAAACAUGUAAAAUCGGCAUUUUCGAGACAAGAAAAAAAUGUUCCGACACUAAGAGUCAAGCUUGUGUGCGAGAUACGCACAGAGCAAUAUCAUUGUAGAAGCGGUGUAUAGUCUUAGUAAAACUCGUAGCGACGAGUUUGACAUCUUAACUAGAUAAUGCUAUAAGGCGCCAUGUUUUGUCAGACUUUAUACCCCUUCAGGGGCCCAUUUCUCGAACGAACGGUAUUAGUUUAAUAUUAUUAGUGUAUUUUAUAUAUACAUAUAUUUGGUACUUUGAGUGGGCUUAAUAUUCAAAGAUUUGGUAAGUUUAUUUGUAACACCCAAUAUAAUAAGAACUUAGGUAGUCGAGUAAGGUGCCGACAUCAUGUCGGAUAAUAAGAAAAGGUCUCUUACUCGGCGUUUUUGUAAGCCCAGUGAGUCGGCCUAAAAGCCGAGGCAGUCUUGCGUUGCGGUAAGUAAUUAACUGUUUCCAACUUAACCACUACGUGGGUCAUACUGAAACUUUCUGGAUUCUGAUAUAUUAUUUAUUUAUUAUUUAUUUAGAAAUUUAAUUCAGGCAACAAGGCCCAUAUUACAAAUACCUUACAGACUAACAUACAUAUGUAUUUUAUAAACUUAAAACUAAACACUAUUUAUUUAUAUAUGCGACGACUUAUUUUUUCUCAGUGGCCAGUCCAGGAAUUUUCAGUAUGCCCUAAGUAUUAGUGUGCUGCCAUGGUAACCCAUACGACUUGACAGUUCAUGAACUAAUAUUAUUAGUCUAAUACCGUUCGAGAAAUGGCCCCCUGAUGUGAAUUCUUUGCAGAUAAGUGACUUAAUUGUUCGAAUAUUUUGAAUAAAGAAAGAAUUAUAUUUUGUGUAGGCGUGAAAGCAAAGAUGGUAAUGAGUAGAAUUUUGGUUGAUUGCCAACUAUGAGACGGGAGCCUUGUUGCGGUUGACUUCCCUCGUUGGUUGCAUGGAACAUAGGCAAAGGAAUACUUAGCGCCACUUGCACCAUUCACUAACCCGGGGUUAAGCGGUUAAACCGUUAACCCAGUGUCAAAUUGUACUUACUGGUAAUCAUGGUUACUCCAGGUUUAACCGGUUAACCCCGGAUUAGUGAAUGGUGCAAGUGGCCCUUAGACGAGUAAACUAGUGCAAAAUAUUAUAUUAGCCAAAUUGACAGCUGAAGUAGAUGAUAUUCGAUAAUCCAUCACAGUUAUAGUAAGGACGCAAGGCACGAAGAAUUUCGUACAUUGACACGCCAUUUCCAUCUCUAUCGCACGCGCAUAUUUAUUUCCCGCAAAUGAUGCCACGGGUCAAUGCCACUGCGCGAGGGGGACAGCAAUAUAAGAAAUGGCGUGUCAAUGUAUGAAAUUCUUCGUGUUUAGCGUCCAUACUUUGCCAUAAAACAAAUGGCAAUGUACAGAGUGAUAUAUUUGAGCUCUCGAAAUUGAGGCUGCAAUAUAUUGUACUAUUUUACAUGUCAUAGUAUUUCUUUAUCCGUGGUUGGAGUAUAAAGCGAAAAGCUUUAGGCUGUGAUAAACAAUGAUUAACGCUCAUUUAUGUUUUGUUUAUGUUUCGUUUCGUUGACCCGACGGAGGCAGCGCUUCAUUUAUAUUUUAUUAUGUACUUCUAAAUUAUUUAUUGGCUUUUUUCUCGACUUUAUGUGCCUCUACUAGGGUGUAAGAUGAUUACAAAAUGUAGCUAUGGAGCUAUGCUUUCUGUGGAAUGGACAAAAUAAGUAUGUCAAUUUUAUUUAGCUUACAAUUAUAAUUACUAACAGUGACACUUUUAAGUGCCCAUCGGUCAGCCUUAAUGUUUUUGCAAUAAGGUUACGAAUUGUCAGUUAAUAGUGUGGACUAUGCCCAUUUACGUAAAGCUUCGAAAUAUUAAAAAGUACUAAAAUGGCUUCAUAGCUUUUAAUAAUAUUUCUCUGUAUUUAUUUUCCAAUUACGGUAAUAACCUUGUACAGUCAGCAGCAGAAGUUGCUAAGCGAGCGAGGUGUUCAAAAUUACCUUGGCACGCUCUUAUUCUCUUAACAAUAAAGUCGCGUCCAUUUCAUUUUGAACAGCUCGCCCGCUUAGCAACUUCUGCUGCUGACUGUACGUUUAGUUUUUAGUUUUUAGCGAUACUUGUUAUGGUUGUCUGAAAUGGUAGAAAAUUAGAUUUGCGACAAUACUAGAGGUACAUUGUGUUGUAAUCUGUAUCAUGCAAUAUAUCUACAUGUAGGUAUCAGCACCAGAGUUAAGGUUAAUACACAAAUACUACAACAAGAUUAUUAUGUAAUGCCAUUUUAAAAGUGUUCUUUUCGUAUCGAUAUUUAAAGUACACAGCCAACUGCAGGAUUCGCCUAAAAGUAUCUUCAAUGUAUUUAGUUUAAAUAUCACUCUUUCGUUCAUUUUUUACCUUUUUUUGCAAUGAGUACUUUAUGCAGCAGUGUGUGUAUAACCGUAACUCAUUUGCCUUUAAUUAUCUAAAUAAAUACGGACUUAAUUUUCUACGUUUUCAGUACGUACCAAGCGCGUUCUUGUGUCUGUAUAUUUUCCUAGUCUUAGCGGCAGAGGGUAUUUAUUUACUUCUUAUAUUUUUAACUAGGUAUAUUGUUAAUUUUAACGCUUGUUCGCACCGAAGGAACUGAUAUUUCCUACACACAUACGGUCCAAUGAAAUAUCACUGACUGAUCAUGUAAUUAUAUCUUAAAUUAUGUAUUAUAAUCAAAUCGCUAGAAAUAUUUGUUGACAACUAAUAAAAUGAAACAACAUUGUUAAUCCCCAAAGAUUCCAUUUAUCUAUGUUUCACCUUACCCGGGCCACUGAGAUUCGUGCGAAGAUUCGUGAAUUGUGCGAAAGUUUGCGGGCUGACAGUUUUUUUUUGUCAAACAUCUUCGCGACGGGGUCAGCGAAUGCGUUGUGAUAGAUUUAUUGUGUGGUCGCAGAAAUGUGGUCUAUCCGAAGGCUCUAGGUUCAUGCUUUAUAUGUGCGUCAAAAAACUUCUAUAACUUGAAAAUCCACGAAUGUCUAGAAACAUUCGCAUGUUAAUUCGCGAGUGUAGUAUUUUAAAGGAUGGUAUUCCACCUAUCCAAUUUCUUUGUCCAAUAUGUCUGUGUCUCACAUUUUACUUAAUAAGAGAGUGGGAUGCAAUGACAUUGGACAAAUAAAUUUGACAGGUGGAAUACCACCCUUACACACGCAGGCAUAUUUAAACGUAUGUACCAGCUCCUUUUGUGCGAACAAGCUUAUAUGUUCAAACCUACAGUUCGAACACGAUAAAAUGGUGUUCACUUCUAGCUUCGUGUUCAAACUGUAAACCUACCUCGUUGCCAAAGUUUGGUUCAGAACCGCUGGUUGUUUGCAUCGUACACGCUUAUUUAUUGAAUGGUUGUAAGUUUAUUUAUAAGUUGAUAACAAUAAACUCAAUCCUUGAACAA